AUGAUGGACAUGUCCGAUAUGACGGCCACGACGUCCACCACGGCCGCUUCCACCAUGGCCAUGGCCAUGUCCACAUCUACCUCGACCAGCUCGUCGAUGGACAUGUCCUCCUCCUCCAUGACCAUGUCCAUGGCCGACAUGGCCAUGACCUUCUUCACCUCGUUCAAAACGCCCCUCUACUCGAACGAGUGGACGCCAUCUUCCCAGGGCCAAUAUGCCGGCACCUGCAUUUUCCUGAUCGUGCUGGCCGUCCUGCUGCGCAUUCUGCUCGCACUGCGGCCCAUCCUCGAGGGCCGGGUGUGGACGGACAGCGUGCAGCAUAGUAUGCUGGGCGAGCAUUUGCCGGAUGCCAGCCACAAAACCAAGCCUGUGCCCGGACUGCAAUUGAGCAUCCAAGAGCUUGGGAGUCGGUGGUCGCGGUGGCGCGUCAAUCCUGCUGCCGGUCGGGCGACGUACGAAUUGGUUGUGUCGGGGAUUGCAUAUUUGCUCAUGCUCGCGGUGAUGACCAUGAAUGUGGGCUAUUUCAUGUCGGUGCUUGGAGGCAUCUGGCUUGGGACCUUUAUUAUGGGCGGAGUGGCCUCGCAGAGCUCCAUGCUGCACUGUUGA